CAUUUUUUCUUACUCUUCAGUUGUUCUGCUCUACACCGAUCGUCGUUGCCAUGGCGGAUAUGGUUCUUGAUCUAAUUAUGGAGAAGAUCAUCAGCGCUGGCUUCCGUUACCUGAAAGAUCAAGUCAGAUGGCAGACAGGCAUGAAGGAGGAGCUGGAUAAGCUGCAAGAGAUUCUCCCCCAGAUCCAAGCUGUCGUCCACUUUGCUUCCAGCCAAGAGCAGAUCACUGACCAAAAUCCGCAUCUUAACAAAUGGCUAUGGCAGCUACGAGAUGCCAUUGAUGAUGCAUAUGACGUGGUUGAUGAGCUGGAGUACAUGGAACUUGAAGAACAGGUGACCAAAAACAAGAAGCUAAGAAAGGUGCGUUCCAUCAUGAAAUCCAUGAAGAAAAGACUAGUCAAAAUUGGCAAACGUGCUUUCAAAAUUGAUCCCACCUUGAAGCGACUGGAGGAGGCUAUGCAGAAACUUCAUAAAGUUUCAACAACUGGUGUUGAUGCUUUCCUUCAUCUUGUAAAACACGCAAAGAAGGAGCUUCAGAAGCAACAGCUUGAGCUGCACGGAACACGUGAAACGGGAUCCUUGCCUAAAAAUGAUCUCAUUGGGCGUGGCAAGGAGAAGGAGCUUGUUAUGGAGUGGCUGAGGAAUCCAUCAAAUGAGCAUCGGGGAACUGAUUUGUACAGAAACAUUUCUCUUCUAUCUAUAGUGGGCCACGGUGGUAUGGGGAAGACAACUCUCUUGCAACAUGCUUAUAAAGAUGAUAUUACAAAGGACUUUGAUCGUAAAAUGUGGGUUUGUGUUUCCAACAACUUUGAUGUGAAAAAAGUCAUUGCUGAUAUGUUGGAAUGUUUUAAGAAUGAGAGGCCUCGUUUGGAGUCACUUGGGGCACUUCAAAGGCGUCUCGAGGAGGAGGUGAAGUCCAAAAAGUUCUUACUUGUGCUGGAUGAUAUUUGGGAGGAGGAUGAGGAUAAGGAUAAAAUCAAAUGGGAGGAUGUGCUAGCCCCUUUAUCUUCUGGGGGUUUUGGUAGUAAGAUUAUGGUAACAACUCGAACGGACGCAGUUGCACUGAUGUUUGCAAAGGUAAUUAAAAAGAAGAAGGAAAUAAUUAAAUUAGAGGGCCUAGAUGAAGAUGAGUGUUUGCAGCUCCUCAACUCUCAUGCAUUUGCUGGUGUAGAGAACCACCCUGAUGAUCAUGAAAAUUUAAGAGUCAUUGCUCGAGAUAUAGUUAAAAAGCUUUCAAGAUCUCCCUUGGCAGCUAAGGUCAUUGGUGGUGUUCUGAAUGACAACUUGGAUGAAAGGCAUUGGAGGACAGUUCUAGAAAGCAAUUUAUUGGAUCAGAAUUCUAUCCAUUCCAUCUUAAGACUGAGCUAUAUAGUUCUACCAAAUCAUCUACAAAAUUGUUUUGCAUUUUGUUGUAUGUUCCCAGAAGAUCAUGAGUUUGAUAAAGAUGAUUUAGUCCGAAUGUGGAUUGCAUUGGGUUUCAUUCAUCCGUCUCAAGGAAUGACUAUGGAGGAUAUCGGAGGAAGGUAUUUUGAUGUAUUAGUCAAAAAAGCUUUAUUUGACAAGGUCGAAGAUGACUACAAGAUGCAUGAUUUAAUACAUGAGUCAGCAUCUAAAUUUUUUGCACAGGAAUGUGGUAAACUUGUGGAUGAUGAAGAGUCAUCUCUCAAAAUUUCUGAGACUAUUCGACACUUGUCUGUUAGAACUACAAAUCCAAACAUCUUAAGAAAGAUUGAGAAGUUUAAACAUUUGCAUUCUCUUUUCUUUUUCUAUAAAAAUUCUAAUGAGCAAGAUCUUUGCAGUGGACUUAUUGAAAUAUUCAAAUCAUUGAGAAGCCUACGCUUAUUAUACAUGCGUGCAUAUGAUCAAUUGGAAAUGAUACCUGAGGAGAUUAGGUAUUUGAAACAUCUCCGAUAUUUCAAGACCGAAGGACUUGAAUUCACUAGGCUCCCAAGAUCUCUAAGUAAUCUCUAUCUCUUGCGGUACAUAAUCUUAGAUACAUGGAUGUUAAUCGUACCUGAAGAUGAUUUUUUACCAAGCGACAUUAAUAACCUUUCUAACUUGCGUUACAUGAAAUUGCCCAAGAAUUAUAAUUUAUGGAUAUUAGGGAUUAGGAAGCUUAAAUCUCUUCAAAAAUUGGAUAUGUUUUAUCUUAGAAAUGAGAAGGGUUAUAGAAUUGAUGAGUUGAAGCAUUUGAAUGAUCUUUGCAAAUUAGGAAUAAACUGUCUUGAAUAUGUGAAGGACGUCGAGGAGGCUCGUAAUGCCCAAUUAUGUGAAAAGAGGAGGCUCACAGAUUUAACCUUAUGUUGGAAUACCACUUAUUCGAGGAACACCGAUUUAGAUGAGAACGUGCUCGACAACCUUCAGCCACCAAAAUGUCUAAGGAAUUUGAGCAUAGAGAGAUACAUGGGUGUAAGGUCUGCAAUAUGGAUGAACAAUGUCAAUCUGCUCUCCAAUCUAGAGAAAAUCGAUUUGUCAAGGUGCAUGGAAUGGGAAACUCUUCCACCUUUCGGGCAACUUCCCUUCCUCAAGAAUCUAAAACUUCAUGACAUGCCAAAAGUAAAAUGGCUUGAAAGUAAAUUUAAUGGGAAUGAUAAAUACCGUGCAUUUCCAUUGCUAGAGAACUUAUAUAUUGAGGGAUUAGAAGCAUUAGAGGAUUGGUUUGAGGCAGGAGUAGCUGCUGAAGAUGGAUGUUUCUUUCCUUGCUUAAUUCAACUGAUGCUAUCUAACUGUCCGAUGUUGAAAGAGUUGCCCUCUUUGCCUCCUAAGCUCAAGAACUUGAGGAUAUGUAGAAUUGGGUGGACGACUUUGAAUUUUUGUAGCAAUUCAAAUCCUAUUCCCCUUGAAACAUUAAAGGUCAUUGAUUGUCCUAAUAUUACAUCUCUUCCUCUGGCUGAUGAAAUAGCAAGACUUGCAGCACUAACAGUCUUGACAAUUAGAAAUUGCCACAAUCUGAUCUCACUCGGAAGAUAUCGAGAAGUGGAGACCACUAAUAAUUGCCUUCUCAUACUCAGCAUUCUUCGUAUAAGUGAUCCAUCGGUGUUGCUAAUGGAGCCAUUGAGAAGUAUCGCCUUCUUAAAAGAACUGAGUAUUUCAUUAAAUUAUAAGCUGGUUUCAUUUCCAAAUGAGGCGGAGGAGUGGUUUCUGAAUAUUAGGUCAUCUCUUUGUAAGCUGAAAUUUAAAUGGCUCAAGUCCUUACAGGCUCUCCCUUCCUUCUUGGAAAGCUUAUCUUCACUUCAGGAACUAUAUAUUGCGGAUGUUUGGAUGCUUCGGGAAUUGCCGAAUCUUCCUCCCUCUUUGAAACGUCUAAUAAUCAUUGGGGAUGGUCAUCAAAGGUUGAAGGAGCGCUAUGGAGAGGAUGGAGGCUCGGAUCGGCACAAGAUUGCUCACAUUCCUCAAAUCGAUAUUCGUCCCCGAUAAGCAAACUCCUUUCUUCUUAUCUUAUAUGUUUGAUAUAUAUGAAAGGUGAAGAAUGCAUAAUAUUUCAGCAUGAACCAGUUGUUUGUAUCACUUGAUCGAUGUACCCAAUUUUAUUUAUGUAUCACUUGCUGGUUCUUUUAUAUAUGUAAAUAUAUUUUUCUUUAAGCUUGAUUCCUGAUUUUUUGUUUGAUAUGAAAUGUGAAGAAUGCAAUCUCGGCAUUAACCACUUUGUAUUUGUUGCAAUCUCCAACUCCUCUUGCAAUCCUGGACACCUGCAAGGAAAAACAGAGCAAGCACAAAGAACAAAGCCAACGCCGGACAAUGCCUGAAACCUGUAUAUUCAAGUGUUUGUAUUGAAGUUCAGUAACGAGGUAUCAAAAUGAUCAAUAGCUGCUUUCUCCCCGCCAUACUCGGCUAUUUCUACUUUCUAGAAUACUAAAAAAAAAAGGUUGCUAUAAAUGAAAUUGACAAAAAUAAAAACUAGCGGUAACUAAAAUCAGUAAAGCAUAGUGGCUGUCAGAAGCCGUUAGGGUGGCAUAAGAUGUCUCGCGUCUCCUCCGCACAAUCGUGCACUGCAUCAGUAUUUGUUAUAUAUAUAUAUAUGAAAGGUGAAGAAUGCAUAAUAUUUCAACAUGAACCAGUUGUUUGUAUCACUUGAUUCAUGUACUCUAUUUUAUUUAUGUAUCACUUGGUGGUCCUAAUAUUUUGUUUGAUAUGAAAUGUCUUCGUUCUGAUGGAGGCAGGUAGUACUUAAACACAAACUUCAGAACUUUUCUCACUCAAUAAGGCAUUUCUCACCAAACUUCAUGUCCCUACACGUCCGAACAAAAUGGUCUUGCAAAGCGUAAACACAGACUUCUCCUUGAAAUCUUACGACAGUGCCUCACUUCCUCAUUCAUUUUGGCCUGAUGCUGUCCUAAUGGCGUCCUAUCUUAUUAACCGUCUACCAGCUGCCACAACAAAUUUUAAUUCUCAUCUUUAUCUUUUGUUCAACAAAACCCUGACUACAAGUUUUUAAAAGUUUUUAGGUGUGCCUGUUAUCCUUGGAUCCCGUCGAAUCAACGAAAUAAAUUGGAACCAAGAUCUCGAUCCUAUGUUUUUCUUUGGUUAGUCACAUAUCUCUAAACGCUAUAAGUGCCUCGAUCCUGCAACCAACAAAAUAUUCAUCUCAAGACAUGUCUUCUUUGAUGAAAUCACAUUCCCUUUCAAACAUAUCUCUCCAAACCCAUCACAGAUAUCUUCCACUCUUCCUCCAUCCCUUCUUGUUCCGGUUUCUAGUACUUCACAUAACAAUAAGACUUCAAACUCCUAUAAGCCUCAACACAAUUCUGUCAAUCCCACGCAACUACCUCAGCAGUCUACUCCAGAAUACAAUCAGAGAAACUCUUCUACUCUAACUCCUAUAUCCCAUCUUGCAUCGCCUACUUCAACUGCUCCCACACAUAUGCCUAUCGCUAUUACCAACAGUCAAACCAAUUCUACUCAUCCUAUGACCACCCGAACCAAAACUGGUUCCCUCAAAUCAAUACAAUGUCUCAACCUGCCUCAUACUCACAACUCCUCGCAGUCUUUAUACAUGCCAGAACCAACAACGUAUAAUAAAGCUAGUCAAAACCUCACUAGCGACGAGCUAUGGCAGAGAAAUUCUAUGCCUUACAAAAACAAGGCAUUUGGGAGCUUGUACCAACUCCUAAAGAUCUGCCUGUCCUUGACAGUCGUUGGACAUUCCGCACAAAACAUAAAUCUGAUGGUACAAUUGCAAGGUUCAAAGCUCGCCUAGUUGCUCAAGGCAAUCAUCAACAAUACGGAAUAAAUUACCUAGAGACAUUUAGUCCGGUAGCCAAGUUUCUAACUAUACGAAUUUUGCUAACUUCUGGUAUUUCUAAUGAUUAGCCUGUGCAUCAGCUGUAUGUGACGAAUGCUUUCUUACAUGGUACUCUUGAUGAGGCCAUUUGCAUGAAACAGCCGAAAGGCUUUGAAGAUGACACUCACCCCGACCAUAUAUGUAAACUCAAGAAAGCAAUUUACAGACUUAAACAAGCUUCUUGGCAAUGAUUUAAUACCUUCUCAAAGUUUCUAUGCACUCUUGGGUUCAUUUCGGGCAAAGUAGACUCGUCCUUAUUUGUUCUUCACAAGGGAAACAUUCAUCUAUACAUAGUUAUAUACGGGGAUGAUAUAUUACUAACAGGCAAUGAUUCUUCUAUGAUUGCAACCGUUCUUUCUCAGCUGCACAACAAAUUCGACAUGAAAAAUCUUGGGAUGGCCAGCAGCUUCUUGGGAAUUCAUAUCAGCUCGGUGAAUAAUACCUAUAUAUGUGCUGUCACAAACGAAUUAUGCUGCAUCGAUUUUAAACAUGGCUGGUAUGACCAAUUGUAAGGCAUUGGCUAACCGUCCUGUACCAAAGUCCAAGAUCACAGCAAUGAAGAAACUUUACCAACAGAUCCCAAGCUAUCCAGACAGCUCACAGGAUCCUUGCAAUAUCUUACCAUAACUAGACCGGAUAUAUCCUUUGCGGUUAAUCUAUUAUUCCAACAUAUGCAUAAUUUGAAUCCACAACAUUUUUAUCUACUCUAUAGAUUACUUUGUUACAUAAAAGGCACAUUAUCACUUGGUCUUCAUAUUUUGCAGGGUCCAAUGGAACUACACUCUUAUUCGGAUGUUAAUUUGGCUAGAGACAAAGAAACACAACGAUCUACAUCCAGUCAUUGUACGUUCUUGGGCAAUACACUCAUCUCUUGGAGCGUCAAAAAGCAGCACACUGUAGCACGCUCUUCGACAGAAGCUGAAUUCCAAUCCAUUGCUACAUAUCUUGCCGACAUAAUAUGGCUCAAAUGUCUACUUGACUUCAACAUUCAAUUAAAAUUUCUUAUAUUCUCUU